AUGCGUCCUGCCCCUCCCGCAGCGCUCUCAGCCGGCCCGGUGACGGCGAUCGACCGCGCCGGCUGCUGCCAUGGCGGGCCGGGUUCUGAGGCCGCUGCCCAGGCUGAGGCCAUUGAACAGGCUGCAAGUAGUACUACAACAUUUGAAGAUGUCCAAGCAUGCAGAUUCCACAGCUGAAGUGUUGUUGGAGAAGAAAGGAUGUGCAGGAAUAAUAACUUUGAAUAGACCCAAAGCUCUCAAUGCAAUAAAUAUUUCUAUGAUCCGACAAAUCUAUCCACAAAUAAAGACUUGGGAGCAAGAUCCUGAAACUUUUCUAAUAAUUAUAAAGGGAACUGGAGGAAAAGCUUUUAGUGCUGGGGGUGACAUCAGAGCCAUCACAGACGCAGGAAAAGUUGGUGAUAGAUUGACACAAGAUUUCUUCAGAGAAGAAUAUACCCUGAACAAUGCCAUUGGCACUUGCAAGAAGCCGUAUGUGGCACUCAUUGAUGGCAUUACAAUGGGAGGGGGAGUUGGCGUCUCAAUCCAUGGACGUUUCCGAGUGGCUACAGAAAACACACUUUUUGCAAUGCCAGAAGCAGCAAUAGGCCUUUUUCCUGAUGUAGGGGGUGGCUAUUUCUUGCCAAGAUUACCGGGAAGGAUUGGCUAUUACCUUGCCCUAACUGGAUGUAGGCUGAAAGGAAGAGAUGUACUAAAAGCUGGCAUCGCUACGCAUUUUGUAGCUUCUGAAAAGAUACCUGCCUUAGAGAAGGACCUGAUAGCCCUGAAAUCUCCUUCAACAGAAAACGUUGCAGACUUACUGAACUCUUACCAUGCAAAGAGCAAAGCUGAUCAAGACAAGCCAUUUGUACUUGAUGAACAUAUGGAGAAGAUUAACAGUCUUUUUUCAGGAAACAGCAUGGAAGAAAUUGUAAAAAAAUUAAAGCAAGAUGGUUCUGCUUUUGCCAAUAAGCAGCUGGAGACUAUUAACAAGAUGUCACCUACGUCCCUAAAGCUGGCUCUCAGACAGCUCAGAGAAGGAGCUUCCAUGAGCUUACAGGAGGUACUCAUGAUGGAAUACAGACUGAGCCAAGCAUGCAUGAAAGGCCAUGACUUCUAUGAAGGGGUUCGAGCAGUGCUGAUUGACAAAGACCAGGCCCCCAGAUGGAAGCCAGCUACUCUGGAAGAAGUCAGUGAUGCAUUUGUGGACAAUUGUUUUAAGCCAUUGGGAAACAACGACCUCAAGUUGUAAAGACCAAGCCUGUUGUCACCUUGUGCAUCUGUUAAUUCUAUGAUAUCAGCAUUAAUGGCAGUGUUUGACAAGAUGCUUUUAGCUAGCCCAAGAUUCCUUUGUGCAGUCAGCAACAUUCUCUUUUGUUAUGCUGCCAUAAUGGCAAAAUAAUCAUGUCUCUGGUUAAUAAGGAGAAAAAUUGCUUCAAGGCAAAUUGUUAUUUUUCACUGCUUUACAUAAUGCUUAACGUAAUGUUUAACGAGGAACCACAUGGGAGGGAGAGAGCAUUGUUAAGACCUAACAAGCAAGAAAUCAGGAGACCUUUGUGUUCUUGGCUCUGUCAUUGAGCUGGUGAAUUGUGCCUCAGAUUUUUCUCUACAUAACAAAAAUAAAUCAUACAUACAACUUUAAAGCAGCCAGAACUGCAAAGGAAAAUGCAAGACAUGCCAAAGCCAUGGUGUUAGGAGUCUUUUAAAGAAAAGAUCAGACAUAUUUUUAGUCUGGGAGCAAGAAGUUGUUCUCUUGAUUUAAUAUUUUGUCAGCAUUAGUCUUGCUGUGUGAUGCAGACAUUGUUCCAAAUGUCAUCACGUUGCCAGAGCCUAGAGCACACUUCUGCUUGAUUGCAGAAGCAUUUGUUUGUUUGUUUUUUCCCUUUCAGUGCCAUUAAGUUUGAUUGAACUGCAUAAUUAGUUUUUCAGCAUUUCAGAAUUUUUCCUGGUCUUACACUGGGGGAAAAGUAACUGCCUCAGACCUUCCUCUGAACGCUGACUGGCAUGUUUCCUGUUGAUGUUAGUGAUUUUACUGGUCCUGACUUUGCAAGUGGCUGGAGUUUAGCCAUACCAACUAGUCUGGGUUCUUGUUUUCUUGUGCUCAUGAACAUUGUGUCUGCUGGGUGGAAGAAUGUGUGACAAGGGGACACUGAAGAUAAAAUACAGGGGAAACCAUGAAGUAUCUGCUGUUACCUGGAUCAUAAAGGUUUAGAAUACAACGUA